CUCCUAUGUUAGGUUUGAUAUAAUUCGAAGGAUAAUGACUAGGUUUUUUGGAAUUGAAGUUAUCAUGGUGAUGGGGAUCACAGACAUAGAUGACAAGAUAAUAAAAAGAGCCAACGAGAUGAAUCUAUCACCAGUAGCUCUUGCUCGUAUUUAUGAAGAAGACUUCAAACAAGAUAUGGCUGCCUUAAAGGUCCUUCCGCCUACAACAUACAUGAGAGUGACUGACAACAUUCCUCAGAUAAUUUCCUUUAUAAAAACAAUAAUUGCUAGUGGACAAGCUUACACAACCUCACAAGGCAAUGUUUAUUUUGACGUUAAGUCUUGGGGAAAAAGAUAUGGAGUACUAACUACUAUUUAUCCUGAUACCCAAGAUGAAGCAGUUGAUACUGAUAAACGGCAUGGUAAAGAUUUUGCCCUGUGGAAGGCUGCCAAACCUCAAGAGCUAUCUUGGACUUCUCCCUGGGGAAAGGGAAGACCUGGAUGGCACAUUGAAUGCUCCACUAUAUCAAGUGCAGUGUUUGGAAAGCAGCUGGACAUCCAUACUGGUGGAAUAGAUCUUGCAUUUCCUCAUCAUGAAAAUGAAAUCGCACAGUGCGAGGUGUAUCAUCAGUGUGACCAAUGGGGGAAUUACUUUUUGCAUUCUGGGCAUUUGCAUGUGAAAGGAAGUCAAGAAAAAAUGUCCAAGUCAUUAAAAAACUAUGUAACAAUUAAGGAUUUCCUGAAGAAAUUUUCGUCGGAUCAAUUCAGGAUGUUUUGUUUGCGCAGCAGAUACAGCUCAGCAGUAGAAUUUAGUGACGAGAGCAUGGAUGAUGCGAAGCACCUUCUUCAGGCAGUCUCCUCAUUUAUUGGAGAUGCAAGUGCUUAUAUAAAAGGACAGCUGGUAUGCGACCCUGUUAGAGAAGACAUACUGUGGGAAAGGCUAGCCAACACAAAAGUAACCGUGAAGGCUGCGUUUGCAGAUGACUUUGACACCUCCAGGGCUGUUGCAGCAAUUAUGGACCUCAUUCACCAUGGCAACAGACAGCUUAAGGCUGUUACUAAGGAUGCUGGAUCUCCUAGAAGCUCUGUUGUGUAUGGAAGCAUUAUCUCCUAUAUAGAAGGCUUUUUUAAUGCCCUUGGGAUGUCCUUUGGAGAAAGACAGGUGGCUCUGGGAGGAGACAACUCUGCUGUGCUCUCUAACGUCAUUGAAGAGCUUGUAAGGUUCCGCGCGAAGGUCCGUCAUUACGCGCUGGCUCUGCCGGAAGCAGCAGACACUGUGCCAAUGGAGGGUGCCACGGGAGCCAACGGACCGAAACAAGAACAGAAGGAAAAGAGGCAGCAGUUAAUGCGGGAGAGAAAACCCCUCCUGGAGGCUUGUGACAGUCUGCGUGCAGACCUUGCUGCCUUUGGAAUUCACAUAAAGGACAGAGCUGCUGUUUCAACCUGGGAAGCUGUGGAAGGAGGGCAAGCAGAGCCGCAGACCGAGAAAAAAAGCUGA